CCGUUAAGCCCCGGGGGCUGUGUGGACUUGCCGGUUCCGUUGCUUUCUCGCUUACACUGAGCAUCACCGUGAGGCACGUGCGACGCCCCAGACUUUAUUUAUUCAUGAGAGACACACAGAGAGAGAGAGAGAGAAAGAGAGAGAGAGAGAGAGAGAGAAGCAGAGACACAGGCAGAGGGAGAAGCAGGCUUCAUGCACAGAGCCUGACGCGGGACUUGAUCUGAAGCUCUGGCCUUGGUGAACUCUGCUUCUCCAGGCAAGUAAACCCCAAGGAGGACUGACCAGUUCUUGAAUUUCUAAACCAUGGCACACGUAAGUUACUGUUUCUUUUUCCUUCUGAAAAUACAUUCAUGUUAAUGUCCUAUGAACAUUUUUUUAUCCUGAAACUUCCUACCUAUCAGAGUCCCAUCUAGUAAUCUUCUCCCAGUCCUCCAAAUCCAGUGAGGGAUUAGGCUAUUUAGCACAACGCCUAUCCCGAGUCCUCUUUUCCCCAGUCAUUAUUCAUGUAUGCUUUGAAAAAAAAUCAUUCAGCUUUUCCUGUAUGUGUUCAGUCUUCUGAUAAGUGCUGUGGUAGGGCAGAAAUGAAAUCACUUGAGGGAGAUGUUUAACUAUCUCUUGUGAGUUGCUGAAAGAGUAUGGGUCCAUUUGACUGCUCAUGGGGAAACUGGACGUUUCUGGAUUUGAGUUUUCCAACUAUAUAAGAUAAGAUUUGCUGUUGGUUGGCCUUAGCCUCAAUAUAUGAUGAAAUCUCAUGUUUUGUGAGGCUUUUAGGACUGGGUAAAGAUGUAGUUAGGUCUUGCAUGCAGAAAGAUCAAAGAUCUUCUCUGGGAAUCCCUAACAUUUGUACACCAGGAACAGGGUUUUAUUUGUAGUUGAACAAGAUAUGCUGGUCUAGAAUGAUAUCUUUGUUAUUCUGGAUCACCAGUAUCCAGAAUCUAUGUCCAUAUCCUUUAAGUCAAGAACAAAGAAUGGAUACAGGAAAAUGAUAACAAGUAGGAAGAUUGUGCAGAUACAUAAAUAGUUGUGGACCUUCAGAACUGAGGAGGACCUUAAAUAUUUUGUAUAGACCAAAAUAGAAGAAUGAUUAAGUCUCAUAUACCUCACAUAGACUAUUAUACAUUUUUUUAAAGUUCAUUUAAAAUUCUGUCAUAAAUGGAAAGAUGCUUACAUAUGAUCUGAUUCAAUGAUAAACUUGGAAGAAAUUCUUUAACUGCAUUCAGAUCCUUUUCUAACAUAUUGUAAGGAAACUUUAAAAAUCUGUUCUUUAAGGGGAAAGGGUGGAAGAACUCACAUUUCUUGAGAAUUUAUGAGGGAGACAUAUAACAGGCAGAAGACUUAUCUACAAUAUUUCAUUUAAUUGGACAACUGAUUUUUUUCUUUCCCAGACAUGUUUGGAUGACCAAGAUACGCCAGAGUAUUCAAGAGGCUGCACCUGUAGCAACAGGAUUCUUCAAGAGCACAUAGGCAUGCUGCUUCAGGCACACUCAUUUCCUAACUCACUAUGUUAAAGGCUUCUAGCCUAAGCCUUUUUGUUUGCCAUAUGGUCCAUUUCCUGCAGUAUCUCUUCCAUCUUAAAAACAAAUUUUCUUUAAUUUCAAUUAUAUUAUAUGGUUUGUCAUUGCAGGGAUCAGUGAUGUUCAAUGAUGUGUCCAUAGUCUUCUCCCAGGAGGAGUGGGAAUACCUGGACUUGGAACAGAAGGACUUGUACAGAGAUGUAAUGUUGGAGAAUUAUAGCAACUUGGUCUCACUGGGAUGCUUCAUUUCUAAGCCAGAUGUGAUUUCCUUAUUGGAACAAGGGAAAGAGCCCUGGAAGGUUGUGAGGAAAGGAAGGAGGCGAUAUCUAGAUUUAGAGAACAGAUAUGAGACCAAGAAGUUAUCUUCAGAGCAUGACGUUUAUGAAAUAAACUUACCCCAAUGGAAGAUAAUGGAAAGGAUUAAAAACCAUGGCCUUAAGGGCCUAAUUUUAAAAAGUGAUUGGGAGUCCAAAAGAAAAUUUGAAGGGCAGGAGGGAUAUUUCAGUCAAAUGGAAAUUGCAUCUCAAAAAGUGUCUUCUUACCAAACACGCACCUCUCCGACUCCACAUCAGAGAAUUCAUUUUGUGGAGAAACCCUAUGAAUGUAAAGAAUGUGGGAAAUCCUUUAGAGUACGCCAACAGCUUACUUUUCAUCAUAGAAUUCAUACUGGUGAAAAACCCUAUGAAUGUAAGGAAUGCGGAAUGGCCUUUAGACAGACUGCACACCUUACUCGACAUCAGAGACUUCAUUCCGGUGAAAAACUCUAUGAAUGUAAGGAAUGUGGAGAAUCUUUCAUAUGUGGCCCAGAUCUCAGAGUACAUCAGAAAAUUCAUAUUGGUGAGAAGCCCUAUGAAUGUAAAGAAUGUGGGAAGGCCUUCAGAGUACGCGGACAACUUACUCUUCAUCAGAGAAUUCAUACUGGUGAGAAACCCUAUGUAUGUACAGAAUGUGGAAAGGCCUUUAGACAGUAUGCACACCUUACUCGACAUCAGAAGCUUAAUAUUGCCGACAAGCUCUAUGAAUGUAAAGAAUGUGGGAAGGCCUUUUUGUGUGGCUCUGGCCUUAGAGUACAUCACAAACUUCAUACUGGUGAGAAGCCCUAUGAAUGUAAGGAAUGUGGGAAAGCCUUUAGAGUGAGACAACAAUUAACACUCCACCAGAGAAUUCAUACUGGAGAGAAACCCUAUGAAUGUAAGGAAUGUGGAAAGACCUUUAGUCGUGGUUAUCAUCUUAUUCUUCAUCACAGAAUUCAUACUGGUGAGAAACCUUACGAAUGUAAGGAAUGUUGGAAGGCCUUUAGUCGUUACUCACAACUAAUUUCACACCAAAGUAUUCAUAUUGGAGUUAAACCCUAUGACUGCAAGGAAUGUGGGAAGGCUUUUAGAUUACUCUCCCAACUUACACAACAUCAGAGUAUUCAUAUUGGUGAGAAACCCUAUAAAUGUAAGGAAUGUGGGAAGGCCUUUAGAUUGCGCCAAAAACUUACUCUACAUCAGAGUAUUCAUACUGGUGAAAAACCUUUUGAAUGUAAAGAAUGUAGGAAGGCUUUUAGACUUAAUUCAUCCCUUAUUCAACAUCUGAGGAUUCAUUCUGGUGAGAAACCCUAUGAAUGUAAGGAAUGUAAGAAAGCCUUUAGGCAACAUUCACACCUUACCCAUCAUCUGAAAAUUCAUAAUGUAAAAAUAUAAUUUUUCAAUCCUGUGUUGUAGAACAGUCUAUGAAUAUAGUAAUUAAUCCCCAUUGCUUCCUUUAUAUAAGCAACUGACAUGAAAGGUUUUAUAUCAUUAAAAGAAUGUUAAUGUAUUCCACCAUCACUUAAACCUGAUAAACUUCACAUUUAUUCUAAAAACUAAUCCUAUCAAUGUAAAAAAUGUGGGAGACACUUAUCAUCUCUGUCCUGUCACUUUCCCACUUGUAUUAUGUUGACAAGAUGCUUUACUGCUAUGUGCUAUAAUUUUUUCAUUUGUAAAAUGGUAAUAUAAUACUGUGGCAGAAUAAAGAUUGCUGUAAAUUCUUUGACAUUUCUCCCCCACCAUCAAGAGCUGGAAUCUGCAUCCCUUCCCCUUGAGACUGAGCAGACUGUGACCACUUUGAUUAGUAGAAGUAUUGCUGUGCCAGUUUCAGGACCCAGGCUUUACUGGUAGAUUUUACUUCAUCUCUUGGGAUGCUCUCUUAAGCUUAGGCCCUGAAUUAUGUUAAAAAGUCUGGCUGCUGUGCUGGGGAGACCUCUUGGAGAAGCCCUAAGAUUACAAAGAAAGGAAGCGCACCCUUCUGAGCCCAGACUUCCACACAUGCCUACCAAGACACCAGACAUUUGAAUGAAGUAGUGUUGAAUCCUCCAGACUAGCCAGCAGCUGAAUGCCAUUGAAUGACUUGAGUUGAUGCCAUAUAAAACAGAUGAAUCUACCAACUGAGCCCCUGCCCAAAUUCCUGACCCAUAUGAUCAUGUAUAACAAAACAAUUGUUGUUUUAAGCCACUAAAUUUUGUUUUAUUAUUAUCAUUAAUAUUACUCCUUUGAAAACUCCUAUGUAAGACUAUGAGUCCAAUGAAUAUAGAAAUGCCUUCCACCAACAUUCAUCCUUAUUGAACUUUAGGUAACUUACUCUUUUUAAAAUAGUGGAAGUAAAUUCUUUUUCAAUUUGUUCAUUGAAAAACAGGUAUUCUACAGUCUACAUUCUCUAGCCCCAGUCUAAAUUUAAUUUAAAAUUGGGACGUCUCUGUAGCUCAGCAGUUGAGCAUCUGCCUUUGGUCCAGGGCGUGAUCUGGGGUCCCAGGAUUGAGUCCCACAUCAGGCUCCCUGCAUGGAGCCUUCUCUCUCUCUCUAUGUCUCUGCCUCUGUCUCUCAUGAAUAAAUUAAAUAAAAUCUUUUUUAAAAAUAGUAAAUUUAAUUUAAAAUUAAGUAAUGUAAAAAACUAUUUGGAAAUUAAAAAUCACUUGUCUUAUAAUUCCUGCAUUGAUUCUUUAAAAUACAUUCUAGCUUUUUUUAUGCACAGAUAAUCCUAUCUUUGGCCAGUGAGAAUCCCCUCAGAUUGGUUCUUGUGUCUUUUUGUCAUGACCACUACUAUAGCCUUUGAUAGCUUCCUUUUUUUCUUGACCAAAUGCAGUGGUCAGGUAUGAAGCAUACUAGGGCUCUUACUGGUAAACAAAGGGGAAAAGUGGAGCAUUUAUUUUGUCCUUCCUUUAUUACCUGUAUUUUAAGACAACCAAAAGUUGAAGAAAAGUUCUUUAUUAUUAGAGAAGCCUGGUUAAUAAAUGUCAAAGGAAUAACAAUUUUGAAAAAUCACUUUUUAAUUUAUGAAAUAAUCUUGGUGGUGAUAUUGAUGAAUACAAAGAUCAUUAGGUGAAAAAGAUUCAUAGGAAGCUUUUAAUGGGACGGAGUGACAGAAACCACUAACAUACAUUCACGUCUCAAUUAGUCAGCCAGGCUAUUUGCAUCUUGGUGUUAUGCAAUGGCUAAAUCACAUUUAUUAAGUGUUCUUGCCCCAAAUGUUGAUCUAGACUUUUAAAUUAGUCUCUAAAUCUAAUUACCAGGUUACAGGAAACUUGGAAAAUAAAAGAAUGAUUAAUGAUACAAGGAAGCAAACAAUGUGCAAAAUUUCACAGAAUAAAUGUCUUGUUUCUUAAUAUAUAUUAAGACAAA